AUGGCCCCGCCCCGAGAUGACGUCACUGUCCCUCCCCCAGCCCCUCUAGGGGGCUCCCGGGGCACGCAGAUCCCUAAGGGGCUGGCGGCUGAAAGGGUGGCUUCCUCUCUCUCGGGAUCCCCACGGGGACCCCCCCCCCAAUGCUCCAAGGGGAGGACCGCAGAAGGGUGGGGCAACACCAGGGUGCCGGAGGGGCGCCCCCCCCCACAAGGGACUGAUGGGUCGGAGAAGGCACUAGCAAGGUUGAGCGGAGGCUCUCCGGUGGAGGGUAGACGGCGGGCACAACAGCCACCCCGGACGCCCCAACCCCCUGACCUCCAGCCACCUGUCCCAGACUCAUCUCCACUCCGCAGGCGCCCGUUCAGCCCCUACCCCCACCCCAACACAGCGCCCCCUGCCUCCAUCGGCCGCUCAAGAAUCUCAGUCGCACGCCGCCAGGACCAGCACCCCCGCCCCGCACACACGCGGCCCCCUCUGCGCUCGCCCCGCCCGCACCCCGACUGGUGCAGCCGGCAACGCUGGGCACCGUCCAACGCCGCGCUGGGGGCAAUUGCAGCCCAGCCCCCUCCCACAGCGCGGACGCAGCCCUCAGCCCCCAGCCCCGGCGCCGAGCCCUCCCUGCCCAGCCAGAGGGUGCACCGUGCAGGCACAACCCCCAGUCCCGUGCGCCGAGCCCUCCCCGCCCCAGUGCAGCCAAGAGGUGCCCGGUUGCGGGCGCAGCCCCCCAGCAUCGCGCGCCGAGCCCUCCCCAACCCAGCCUAG